AUGGUUCAGCUUGAAGAGAGAAAUUCGAGUUGCGAGACACUCCACAAGGGCGACUCCGACCUCAACGAGUCAGUCGAUUUCCUGCUUCAGCUAUCGACACAGGCGGCCUGGAAACGAGAGAAACGAUUUCGGUUGUUUGCUUCAUUCUGGUUUGCGACCACCGUCAUUUUCGCUACGUUAUCAGCGUAUCUUUACGCUCAAGUCCAUUUUCAAGGUCGCUUCGGCUCGUUUCAGUCAGGAUAUAGGACUGAGCUAGGUGAGCGAAUGCACUAUCGUCAUACUGGAGAAAGGAAAGAACACUCAUGGAGAUUAGAACCGGCAAAGCAUCUUAUUGAGGUGGAGGAAAAAUGGUUUGAGGCUAGCCCGGCAUUCCUUGACGACGGGUUCGAAUACAUACCUGAGCGUGAGGAUGGCACGCAAAGGCUCAAAUAUGUCGGGGAGCCAAGCAAAGAGAUUGAUCACAACUGGGAGCAACUGCAUUGGGGUCGAUUCUUUCUUCUAUCUGAGGAGGAGGCUCGGGCUGCAUGGGGUCCCGACUACACGAAGUACUGGGCGCCAAGGGAAGGAGGAUACGUUGCCGCACUCGAGGUUAUGCAUACAGUUCACUGUCUUGUAAGUGCCAGAAGUGAGAAAAGAAGCGUGAUAUCACCAUCUAACGCCACAAAGGACCACAUACGCCAGGCGUUUUGGCCGGAGAUCUACCCGAUUAAAAACCCUAUACAUGGAGCAAAGCACCGAGACCAUUGCAUUGAGCAUUUGCGACAAAUGACAUUGUGCAAUGCCGAUCUUACGCCCAUUCCUUCUAUUUAUUUCAUCGGAGUGGAAGACAAUUACAUAAACUCGGACCGUCCGCAUACAUGCCGCAACUUUCAAAAGAUCAGAGAUUGGGUAUCUGAGAGAUUCAACGGUACCUCGCGGGUGGCGCCAUAUCCGGGUACGGUCUGGAGUGACGAAUGGAUCAAUACGGACCGGCCACACACCAAAAAGUAG